AGUAGUUCUAGUAAAUCAGAGGACAUUCAGUGUUUUUUACUUCUCUUUGUUUUAUUUCAAAUAUAGUUUUUUUAAGCUCCAGUUAUUUAAAAAUAGCACAACCUUAAGAUCAAUGUGUGUGAAUUUGAAGUAUCCAACUUGAUUAUCUUUCUUAAUGCUACUUACAAGUAUUUCUUUUUCUUUCAACUACUGUUUAAAGGUAAAUGAAAGGUAUUUAUUCAUAUGUUUGGGUGACAAUCAUUGUUGAUUUUGUGACAAUAGUUUUUAUAAUUUUUUCUUAUUUAUUAUCUUUAUGUUUGUCAGAGCAGUUUCAAUGAUGGAGGAUUUUGUGGUAGAGCAGCUGAGUAACGCCACCAGCAAAGAGCUGACACUGGCAGAGGUUCACCAGCAUACCCACACCGGCGAAAGACCAUACCUCUGUGACCAGUGUGGCAAAAAGUUUAGCUCUGCAUCAAAUUUGAAGGUCCACAAGCGGAUCCACAACGGAGAAAGACCAUACCUCUGUGACCAGUGUGGCAAAAGGUCUAGAUAUUCAUCAAAUUUGAAGGUCCACAAGCGGAUCCACAACGGAGAAAGACCAUACCUCUGUGACCAGUGUGGCAAAAGGUUUAGAUAUUCAUCAAAUUUGAAGGUCCACAAGCGGAUCCACAACGGAGAAAGACCAUACCUCUGUGACCAGUGUGGCAAAAGGUUUAGAUAUUCAUCAAAUUUGAAGGUCCACAAGCGGAUCCACAACGGAGAAAGAUCAUACCUCUGUGACCAGUGUGGCAAAAAGUUUAGCUCUUCAUCAAAUUUGAAGGUCCACAAGCGGAUCCACAACGGAGAAAGAUCAUACCUCUGUGACCAGUGUGGGAAGUCCUUUAGACAGUCAGCGCAUUUAAAGAGGCAUAACCGUACCCACACACCAGAGAAUCCUGUCAACGCUGACCAUGAAGCUGUACCGGCAUUUCCACAAUGACCACACUGAAAAUGUUAAAAGCCUAUUUGUAAAGCAUAAAAUAUUAAAAAGACAAAAAACACUUGAUUAAAAUACAUGAUUAAAAUCUUAAAUUCAUAUACAAGUGCAAGCAAACAUUUUUCUGUUUGCUUGUCUUUUUUUUUUUUCUUGAAUUGCAGUGCAUUUGACCUAU